UGUCCUGUCUAGCUUAGCUCACAGAGGCGUCUGCAGUUGGUUACCAUAGUAACGACCUCUGCGUUGCACAACAAUUAGCCGAACAUCCUGAGCAGCGCGGGAACGUCGCGGAAGCGUCAGGAGUUAGCGUGAAUAAAUCACCCGUGCUGCCUUCUUUCAUGUGAGGUGCCAUGUUUGAAGCACAGAGUGCGGUAGUCGAGGUAAACAGGCUGUGUAUGCCUGUCAUGGUGUGCCAUGAGGAUGACAGAGAGACCUCCAUGACCGUGAAGCAGAAAUGCGAGAGACUUCGGGAGUUAUCACGUGCCCCCAUCACAUGUUUGGUGGGGACCAUGGAGAGUCUAAGUGAGGAAAUUUCCCAUCUACCUUUGCUGCAAAGACACAGCAGCCUUGUGCAGAUCAGCAGUGACAAUACAAAAGGCCACCUGGAGUCUGCAGCUAAUGAGGAGAGAGAGAAGCCCCACACUAUCCCCUGGUCAAUUUCGUGCAAGAGUAACAUGGCCACUGAAAAGAAGAUGGAGGACAUACCUAAGAUGGUGGAGCUGUACCAGUGUCCACAGUUCGGUGAUGUUCCAGUAACUCUGCCACACAAUACUGCAUACAGAGCCAUCGUCACACGUGUCAUACAGGCACAGCGCCACCUAGUGCACAAGCCCAUCUUAAAGGCUGUCUUCCAUAACAUUCUCUCUUCCUCCACCAUGGAACGCUUCGUCAUCAAUUCGUUCUGGUGGCUCUUCCUGGAGAACUUUCAGCCCGACAGGAAAGCUCAGGAUCGACUGUUUGGCCGGAUUGCAGAGAAUUACAUCAGCAUUCUGACCCAGAGCUCGCUGUCCUCUAACAGUGGCACCAUCUUCCUUCCGGUAAACUACACUACUUUAGAUUUCCCCAGCAUACUGAGUCAGAUGCUGUUCUGCUGCUUCUCCUGCUGCUUCCCUCAGUCGUGCUGUUUUCGUGAUCCAGCCUUCCUCACAGCUCUGUGCUCCACCGCCUACCAGUGGAUCGGAGGGCUCUGUCCUGCUCCUGAAGUCUACAAGCAAUGGGACUUUGAAGCUCUGGAGGCAAACGAGACCAGCAGCAUUUUACAGAGAGAAAAAAAAGAGGAGAGUGACUCAUCACUGACUUCUAUCGACAGUGUGUUUUCUUGCAUCUUCUUUUCUGAACCCUCCGGCAGCCUCACAGCUGUAAAAAAGAAGAGAAUGAAGAGUCCGUGUGAGGUGAGUCAGGCCAUUGCAUUGUACUCCAAGAACAAGCUCACUACUACAAGCCACACAAGCACUAGUGAGGUGGAGAAAGCAGCUUCACAGAACAUCCCAGGAUCUGAUCUAAAAGCUCUUACUGAGCACAGAAACCACACCUCAGCUAGAGAGUCACAUGCAGUGGAUGGACAUAUAGAGGUGAAGCAGUGUGUGUUUAACGUGUGGGGAAACUCUCCUCUGGUGCAGCACUACAUGAACACACUGCGUCUGCAGCGUAAUGUGGGUUACAACGUUCUAGUAAGGAGAACCCAGAUCCGAGCACUGCCUCAGGCAGACUCGCUUACUUACCGAGAUGUUUUGAGGCAGACAGCCUGCCAGCGGAGGGAACUGCGCUCUCUCUGGGCACGACACAGACAGGAAAUAAGCAGCAUGCAGCAGAAGCGGGAAGACGAACAAAAUCAGCUCCUCAGAAAACACAAGAAAAUCCUGUCUCAGAGAAACGUGGUACACAAACUCUGCCAGCUGCUAGUGCCACCAGCCAAGGGUGAAGAGGAAAGCAAAAUACGCUCUGAACAGUUGCUUGCAUUUAGCACCAUAAUAACUGGAAUUGAAUAACACACACUGCAUGCACUGCAUCUAGAGUGUACACAGUGAAAUGUCAUGUGACAUUAAAACCAGAAUGUGUUGGUUGCACACUUAUCUCAUUAGAUGAGCUCAUUGAAGCAGAAACGAGUGAAAUGUUCAUCUCAUCUCUUUAAUCAUCAUGGUUUCAUGAUUACAAAUUCAUAAGAAUCUACACAAGCUUUCUCAUAUAAAUGUAUAGGAUUAUGGUCUGUGCUCACAGAUAUUCAUUUAAUUGAAUUUGAGGUUUAUAUGACAACAGGACUGCAAUAGUAGGACUGCAAUACUGUGAACAAGCACUAGAUGACAGUACAGGCUUUGACUUUAAUAUAACUGCUCUCUCCACUUCUCUGUUCUCUGCAUAGUCUGAGGUUACACAGGAACAACACUUCAUAGCAAUAAGAGCUACUUUCAAAUUCCUGGUCAAAUUGAACUGUUUUAUAGUUUGGGUCAUACUGUUCAGAUUUCCUAUGUGUCCAGGAACAUCUGGAAAACCUGAAUAUUUUGGACGAGUCCUCUAAAAAUGGAAAACAGGAAAAAUGUGAAAAUAUCGUGAAAAUAUUACUGAGGUCCUGCAACCAGGUAAACGCAAGUUUGAUCAUAAAUCAAGGAGUCAAGUUAGUCCUAACCCAUACACUGAGAGGAGAAGAGUAUGCUAUCUGAUAUGCACUAUAUGUCCAAAAGUAUAUGGACACCUAACCAUCACAACCAUAUGUAGGUCUUCCCUAAACUGUUGCCACAAAUUUGUACCUGAGACUACUUUUUUUUUUUUUUUGCUAUGACAACCAAAUAUUACCUUUGUUUAGUUUAUUACUGGUAUUUUUUUAAAUGUAGAAAUGUUUAUUUUCAUUAUUUUUAACGGCAUCUUUUCUUUAUAGCUUUAUAACUUCAGCUGUGCCCAAUGUAGCUUCAGUUUUUUUUUUUUAAAACAAUAAAGGAGAACCUCUGCACCUCUGUCCCCAAAAGACUUCUUUUAAAUACUUACUUUUCUAAGACAGAACUGUCAGGAUUUUCAUUCAUUCAUUCUCUCAUACUGGCUCUUCCUGGAGUCAUUGUGAGGAAUAAUUGUGGGGUAUAUAUUUUUAUCCUACCAGUGAGGUCAAGGCUUUCACGCGGCUUUAAGUGAAGCUGUGUGAAUCAAAGAAAGCUCAGCUGAUGUGGAUAACCAGCACGACUGCUGCAUUUAGACUGGAGAGGAAAUACUGUCUCAGAAUGAGAGAAAGAAAGAGAGGAAUGCCUUCCCCAAAGCCAACGUUUCAACCGCAAAUACAAUGCAGCCAUUUUUGAACUCCUGCCUGCUUGAAAAAUGGUAUGGUUCUUUUCUUCUUUUACUCAAUGAAACGUUUCCAACAUGUGGAAGAAACUGAAAUGUGGAAUACUUGUGUUGACAUUGGAUUCCCAUUGGUAUUAUAACCCCUCAUUCCCCUCAUGGAAGCAGGGAGAUGUGCCUCAAUAGUUCUUGCGUUGAAAGGAUCUUCAUUCAUCUCAGAUAAUAAAAUAAGAAGAAUGAUGCAUGCUCACAUUGAAGUUUUUGUGUCAUGGUGAAUUGGGCUGUUGAAGAAGUAGUGAAGGAGAAAUUUUUGGGUGGGUAAAUGAUGAAAUACAGAUUAUCACAUCACAGGAUAGGGAAAAUACAGAAUUACACAUUGCAACACAGGACAGGGAAAAGUAAUAGAGCAAUCAGUAUUUAAUAAUGCAACAGCAUGAUGUUAUCAACCCAAUUUUAAAGUCCUAGGGAUAUUUUGUUGGAUUCUGGAUAAAAUUUGCAAGAAAUACCAAUGCUAACCAUGACCAUUUGUAAUUUUCCAUGCCUUCAUUCCCUUCUUCAAAUAUGUGUUGGACAGUUCAUUCAUUCAUCUUUAGUAAGCAUUUUAUCCUGGUCAGGGUUGCAGUGGAUCCAAGGAAUAUGGGGUGAGGGGAGAAUACAGCAUGGAUAGGGUGCCAGUCUAUCUCAGGGUAUCAUGCACACACACAUUCAUACAUUCAUCCAUACCCGGUGGCAAUUUAGCAUAGCCAAUCCACCUACCACCACACACACACAUAUGGGGAGAACAUGCAAAACUCAACAGAGACAGUAACCCAAGCUCAGGAUCAAACCAGGGACCCUGGAGCUAUGAGGCAGCAGUACUACCCACUGUACCACCAAGUCACACUGGCCACACUCAGGAUGUUCAUAUCACAACUGCUGGAAUGUCUAUACAGCGAGAUACC